AUGUUCAAUCGUGCGAUUCUUUUCAACAUUGGUUUCAAAGAGGUCCAGAAGUUCAACAAUUACCAAUGCUUUAUAUUUCAUGACGUGGAUCUACUUCCGGAAGAUGAUAACAAUAUGUACAGCUGUCCAACAUCACCGCGUCAUAUGUGUCCUGCGGUGGACAAGUUCCAUUACAGGUACUUUAUGUUAUCAUGAUUUUGGAGGGUCUUGUAGAUGGGUCUUUUUAUAUACAUUUAUUAGACUCGAUAAAUCGCCGUGAGUUUCCAUCUGCAAUAUCCUGCAACUAUUAUUAUUCAAUCGAGUGAGAUCAGAGAAAUCUUGACAUCAUAAUUUUGGGCUGUAAUGACCAACGGUGUUGGUGGCACAAUCCUUUAAAGUUCAUGCGCCUCGAUCUGAUCGUAAUUGCACCAUAGUCGCAGCCAGGGUCUAAACUUUGGAGGGGGGCAACAUUUGUAUGGCAUUUGGAUGCGAGCGCCAAAGCCGGGAGGGAUCUAGGGGGGUCUGGGGGCAUUCUCCCCCAUGGAUUCAUUAGAACGCUAUUUCAUGUAUUCUAGGACAAGGUUUGAAGAAAAGUUUCUACCACAAAAGCCAUUUUUAAGUUAGGCGACUUGUUCAAUCGAAAAAAUAUUUUUGUAGCAUAUGUCUUCGUUUUUAAAGUGGAAAUAAUAUUGUAAUAAAAAGAAUGAACUUUGACUGCACUGUGCACGUCAAUUCAAGUUCAAAUGUGCUUUCAACCACUGUUCUAGAUAGGGAAGACUACAGCUUUUUAAGUAAACAGAAGUGAUGGGAAUCAAUAUUACACAUCGUACCCCCUCCCCCAAUUUCUGCCCGGAUUUCAGAUUUUCAUAGGGGCAGUCCUUUUGCCCAUUGGGGGUAGAGCCAACCCCCCCGCUGGCUACACCGCUAAUUACUGGAGCAAUAAGAGAUGACUGCUUCUGAAGUUUAGUAUAGGUUUCCUCCUGUGGUAACACUGGAGCAAUUAUACUAAUUUAAUAAUUCUAAAUUAUUUAUAAUGAAAAAUUAAUAACUAAUUAAAUAAAUAAUUGUUAUUUAGUAUACACUCCUACUCAAAAUACAAACUCCAGGCGCAAUUUGAAUAAAAUUUAAAACCACGCAGAGCGUUCGAAUGAUUUCUUUCAACCUUCGCAUGUUGCUUUUAGCGUACUUUUUGCAAACGACCCUUCGAGAGGUUUUCAAAAAUACACAUCUCGUGAGCCUUGAAAAUGUUUUAAAAUAAGCCGUAUUACAAUCGAAGCGAAGUUUUAAUCGUUAUAAGUGAACGAAAAAAGACUUAAAAGUCCAAAACUUAAGAUGUUUUGAAUGUUUUCAAUCUGUAAAACAAUAUGGUUUGCCGAAUAUGUUUCUGACUUGCUGUAGUUCACGUUAAAAAGUAUAAAAUACAGGCAAAGCGAUACUCAUGAUGUUGAAAUUGAUGAAAUUUUAUUGAAAUACAUGAUAAAAUAACUGAGAAAAACAAUACUAUCACUUGAAAUGUACAGACAAAACUUAACAUUAAAAUUUUAUCGAAAAACUCGGAGGCCAUAAGGGAAGUUGUUUUUAGGCGGGAAAAAUCGAAGCAUGCAAACAAGACCAUUUAAAAUGAAAAGGGGAGGGGAAAAGCCUUGAAAUAUUACUGCUAUAAACAUAAAAUCACAUGUUGGACAAGCAAACAUUUAAAAGACGAGGAAAACAUAUGAUUAAGUCACUACAAGCUGCUGAAAUUUCAACAGUGGUGUCAACAGUUUUGCUUUAAUAUGCACAAAAAAGUGCUCUGAAUUCCGCCUGUCGUCGACUUCGUGUCACAUUUUGUGGCAAGUAACAGCAGAUUUAUUAUUAAAACACGGUUUAAACUUUGCUCCCUACCUUUAAACGUCUUCAAAUCAUAUUUUGUAGUCUUUUUUAUUCUUCGGGGAAAGAAUUUCCAACAAAAUUCCCCCUUUGCAAAAAAAAUUUUCGAUUCCGCUCGAGAUGCCGCUAUCUUUUUUUCAAACAUGGCCCGUGACGUCAUGGUCCGCGACGAAUGAUUCGUUCGUAAGUAGCCAAUCAGAAUGCUUGAUUUGUGAUAGUCUUUGGCAUAACCAGGAUUUACCAUAGAUAUGGGGUUUACAAAGUGGGCGGGACAUGCUCCCGCCGGAAAAUUAUGAAAUUCAGAGCCUCUGAAACGCCAUUUCGUGCAUUUUGGGGUGAGAUUUUACAAAAUUCAGAUGAUCAUAACAUCAAAUUUGGUCAAGAAUACCUGCGUCUUCAGUUAUUAGAUGCGAAUAAGCUGGACAUGAAAUCGGAUCAAUGUUACUCCAGUUUCUCAACGGAUUUAAACAUAUCUCGAAGGUGGUUCUGAAGGAGUGGGGGGACUCCCCCCCCCCGUGGCUACGCUACUGGUCCUUGGUUGAGUGUAUACCAAUAUUUAGGAAAGGCCUUUGAUUGACGUUGUUUCAACGUUGAAAUGUGGUUGAAAUAAGGUCACGACGUCGACAACCUAAUAUCAACGUUGCUCUGACGUUGUUUUACGAACGUUGGUUCAACAGCAGCAAACAGACGUCGAAUCAACGUUCGUUUGUGGUUGGUUAUACAUCAACUUGUGAAGUAUUCUCAACGUUGUUUCAACGUGGAUUCAACGUUGAAUUAUGGUUGACGAGAUUGGCAACCUAAUCUCAACGUUGUUUCAACGUCAAAAGAGUAACGUCAAUCCAAUUUGCAUUUUCAAUCCUUUUUCAACGUCUAUCCAACGUAUGGGUGAUCAUUUCCAACGUUGAUUCAACGUUGAAUAAACGUCAUUUUGCCCGCUGGGUAUUUGGAUUCUAGGAAGAACAGCUUAUAAGUAUAUAAACAAGGCUUAUUUAGUUUAGUUUGUACAGUGUAUGUACCUGUGAAUGAAUUAAAUAGCAUAAGCAUUUUAUAUAUGUAAAUCUUAUCUUCAGAUUGCCGUAUCAUUAUAUAUUUGGAGGUGUCGAGGCGAUCUGGAAAGAACAUUUUGAGAAAGUCAACGGGUUUUCCAACAAAUAUUGGGGUUGGGGAGGAGAAGACGAUGAUCUGUAUCACAGGUAAUAUGUUCUCACAGAUUCAUGAUGCGAGGUUAGUUAAUCGAAUCACGAAAACGAGCCCUACACAGGCUACAGCCAAAGUGACGUUCAUUCCUGAAGCCGGGUCUGGUGAAAACAACAACCACAAUCUAAAAUCUCAUUCGGGGGAUUUUAAAUGACAUUUCACUCUCAGUUCUCAAAUACAGUUUUUUUAAGUUCUGGAAAGGAUUAUUGAACACUCGAUUUAAAGUAUUACCAUGUCAUCAUGUUACAAACUAAAGAGUAAAGUGCUAAUAUGGCAUAGAUCGACUUAGAAAUGUUCAAAACGUAUAUUAACGGAGAUAGGUUUGGCUCAGGAGAAUUUUAAAGCACAUUUUGACACAUAAACUUUCAUGCAGUAUACGUAUGCAAAUGAAUCCUUAGCCGUGUUUUAUUAUCGUUUCUACUACGCUUAGCUGUCCAAAGUUUGACUUGCUGAUCGAAAAAUUUUUUUCGUCAUACUCAUACAUAGCCUAUGGCUAUGUAUUUUCCUGAGGAUAUUAUUUAAUGUCAGAUCAUAUUUUCAGGUGUAUCGCUAAUGGUCUAAGAGUUACUCGACCGAGCAUGGAAACUGGUCGCUACAAGAUGCUCAAAGAACAUCAUUAUGCCGAAGGUAAAAAAAAUGAAAAAAGGUCAGUACCUGUGCUUGCACCUCAUUUAUCACUAUCAAAGUUUCUGUCAUCACAGUGGGAAUUUUUUAUCAGUAAAUUCUAAGUUAUGAAGGAAUUGUAAGAAAUGUUUGAGGGAAGUGAUUGUUUAACACGUAGUCGAUUCCCUCAAACAUUUUUUACAAAUCCUACAGAUCCUACUUGUGUUUCCAAACACGUGCUUUGAAAGUCUUCUCGCCUUGUUUGGUAUGCACUUCCCAAUCUUUCUGGCACAAUAUGAAACGGGUUGAGAUGCAUCCAGCCAGCUCAGGUCUUCUUCAAACGUGCGCCAACCAAGCUGAACCGCCCAUUUUGAGCGAUAUCAAAGAGGUUAUUCCUACAUUCCUCUCAUCAGGCUUCGAGUAAUUGCCUGGUUUGCUUGGGGGGACUUCUUGGCAUCCCUGGACAAAAUGCUAAAACAUUUCAACUCUCAAUUUUCUAGAACACGCGAGUUGUUAAAUGAUGUUGUACCAAGAAUGAAAAGCGAUGGUUUGAACACAUUGAAAUAUAACUUACUCGAUACUGUCAUCUAUCCAUUGUACACACACAUCAAGGUUGAAGUUGACCCAGCAGUUGUAUGACUGAAAGAUGACCAAUAGUGAAUCUCUUGAAGAGUGAUUGUGGUAAUACCUGUGGGAAGCUAACAGGGAAACGAAAUAUGAAAGACGACAUCUACAAACUAUAAUCUAUAUGCAAAAUUGGAAUAUCAGUAAUAUACUGUACUGUACCUUUUCUACUGAAACGUCGUUUCUAAAUUAAUAAUUUCUGCUUGUCAUCCAUGGGAAGCAAAAAAUCUUCAAGCAAGUUAAGCAAUUUUAAAAGCAGAUUUUCACUUUCUGUUCAAUAAAGCAUCUUCUACGUUGAUGCGUCUUCUAAGACUUUAGCAUGCAGUAGUUAACAAAUGACAUAAAAUAUCUAAAAAAUAAAAAUCACAGAUAUUUAAAUCAUAAUAAUUCAGUGAUAAUAAUAUAAACACUUAGGCAAUCAAACAUCUUUACUAUAUGUACUUACAUUAGACCAGUGUAUAGAUUUUUUCUUGACGCGUCGACAAGUGUUGAAACUUCUUUAGAUUUACAUUUUGAUCUUGUUGCAAAAAAUGUAAAUAAUUUUCCUUUUCUUGCCUUCUUUCCCUGGCGACAGCAUUGAAAUUCUUCUCUGGAUCGUAUACUGUCUCACGAUUAACGGAUCUCAUCAAACAAAUUGGAUUUCAAAUCAUUGGAUAUAAAAUCCAGUAUAAAAAAGUUUAGUUUUUAAUAAAUAAGUUAUACCAAUAAAUACUAUUAACAAUAAAAAUAGAGAUCGGUCAUAGACUUUUCUAUGUUAAAUAAAUAUAACACACAAACACACAUUUGACUUAAAAUCCGACGGCUUUUCAGUGACGCAGUGUAUGACUCAAACAGUGUUUAUGUCUCCAAAUUACCAUACAAAAAUUCAAGAUCAGUGAUUUCAAUGUUUUCAACAUUUUUUAACAUUUUUAAUGUUAAAAACAUUUGAUCUAGAAUUAUGCUUAAUUGGUUUUCCUAGUUAGUUUUUUUUUCAAUUAAAAGGGUUGUAAUAAGGCUGAACUGUGCCUUUAAACCUCUCACAUUGAACCUUCACGCUAAACUUGAAUUGGGUCGAUAUGUCCGCAGCUCUGAUACUGUUAAAAAAAAAUUAUCCUCUUCAAAAACUUCCGGUUUAAAUGCCGGAGCACUUCGUGGCCUUCUUAACGGAGACAGUGCUCGUUUAGGACUUCCACUGUCCAUUUUCUGUUUCUUUCUUUCUGUUACUAGACUUACAUCUGCUUUGGCGCGAGCGAGUAUAAUCGUCU